ACCGUUCUGGUUCGAGGAGCACGCAUGUUUACAAGGCACUACAACAACACCGAAGCUGUCCCGCUGGUCUGGGGCUCGCUUGCAACAUCUGAUCAGCAAGCCAGCAUGGCCCCACCUAUGGCAUUCGCGGUUGUCGGAGCAUUCGUUUUCAUGGCCCUUGCAAAUUUCUUGGCCAUGAAGAAGUUCUUCGGUGGCAAGGACAACAAGGAGAUAUCCGACUCGAACCCGACCUUCGUAACGCCAGAUGGGGCCACAUUCGGCAUAUGGGGCUUCAUAUACAUGUUGGAAGCGCUCUUGGUCUUCGCGCAGGUGUAUUGGGCCAAUGACCCUGAGAAUCAGCAUUUGAUGGGCCAGCUAUGUCCUCUGACCGGGAUGGAUGUCAGGGCCAGGCUGAUCUUGGCCUUCGUCGCAAACGGGAUUUGGCUGCCAACCUUCAACAACGAGUGGUUUGUGGCAGGCCUUGGGAUCAUGGCCGCCUACUACGGCUUCCUGCUCAGCGUAUACUACAGCUUGUCCUCUGCCAGCCACGGCCUGACCCAGGCGGUGAUCUACGUGUCUGGGAUCUCGAUGAACACCAGCUGGAUCACAGUGGCCACGGUGCUCAGUGCCUUCUUCUGCGCGGGCAGGGCCGGGUGGCGAGACAGGAACGGCGUGGCGGGGUCCCCGCUGGCGGCAAAGGCCGUGGUGGUCGGCGUGGCGCUCGUGGCCAUCGCUUGCCUUGCGCGCUGUCUGGACAUGGCCUGGGCGUUCACAGCCGCGUGGGCCCUCCGAGGAAUCUUCCGGAUGCAGACGAUCGACGACAAGGUCAGGUUCCCCAUCGGUUCCCUCGACGACUCUUUGGGACGUCUCGCGCGCACCGCGAGCUACUCGGUGAUCGGCGCCAUGCUGGUCGGCGCGCUCUACUACUUCCGCCGCGGUGAGCCGGGCAGGUUCUGA